AUGGCGGAGGGCCGCGACACAAGUUCUGACUCUGAUGAUGACCGUGUUGAAAUACCAGCUUCUAAGAAGGUUUUUUUCAAGUUUCUUGCUGAGGAGAGAAAAAUUCCGAAAGAGACAUUGAACAUCAUGAUUGCUGAGAAGCUGGACUGUGUGACAGUAGCUGAUAUGUCUGAUAAAGAUCUGCAACAAUUUUUGCCAAAGCUUGGUGACAGAAUAGCAGUCCGGCAGUAUUGUUGCAGAGAAAAAGAAGUCAGUUCUAAGGAUGGAGCUGUUUGUAAGGCAACCCUUAGUUUAAUGGAAAAAAUUCGGGGAAAAAAACGUAAAAUGUUUGGUGGAAACUUAAAGGACAACCGAAGUAGUAAACUGACUGGAAAUACAAACGCUGUUAGACAGAAACGCCGUUUUGAGAUAGGUUGGAAGGAUUUCAAUCGGGAUUGUUUUUCUCAGGUCAGGCAGCAAAGAGGAGGUGGAACAAGACAUCUUAAACUCGAUAAAGAUGUAACAAUGGCAGAGAUAAAAGACAUUGCCAUAAAACUGUUCUUUCCAAAUGGAAAAUCAAAACUUGGAGAAAUAAAAGAGUUUGAAAUUACACUGAGAGACCACCAGGAUAAUAUGUUAGAUCCAUCAACAACAUUGCUUGAACUUAUUGAGCUCUUGAAAUUAAAAAUGUUGAGAAUUUACAUAUUUACCAAGCGUAUAGAAGAAACAGAUUUUCCAAAGUCAUCCUCCAUCACUACAACUAGCUCAGUUGUUCCACCGAGCUCGCCUGAGACGCCUGAGACAAGAGAUCAAUCUGAAGACGAGGAUCAAUCAAACAUCGCAGGACCUUCUAGACCUUCAAAUAAUUCUGAGCCUUUCCUCGAGUCAAUCUUACUGUCUUCAGAUGACGAAGUUCUAUUCGGAGGUGGACUUAUCAAUGAAGAAAUGUUCCAUGACACUCUCACAUAUGAUUUCCUCAGUGACAACCUUGAAAACGUUCGUCCUUCUUCCAGCGAGAGGAAUACCUCAACACCAGGAAACAAAAUUCAAAGAAUCAAACUCCAUCGGGGUCAGGUUUUUGUAGAACUAAACAAUGCUGUCAAAAACGGCACAGUAUCAUCGAAUGAUGCCGUUAUUGAAGUCGAGAUGAUUCUACCUAAUGGAACUGUUGAAAAAGGGGAAGAU